CUGAAUAUGAUUUGUCUGCUGUUCUCAUUUUGAAGUUCAAGAAUAGGGUCUAACUAUGCGUCGUCUACGAAGUCAGUCUGCAUUACAAGAGAAUCCUAAUGUUUUAAAAGCUGUAAACGUAAAUAAAGUUAGAGAAAAAGAAAAUGUAUGUAUUACAUCUAAGAAGAAAUCUGAUACAAGUACAAUUGUUGAUCAGAUGCACAUAAAUUUAAAUGUGAAAGCAUCACAUCAUAAAACCCAAAAAUCUAAUAAAGAAAACUUAGCUUUUCAAAAUUACAAAAGUGUGGUAAAAGAAAAUAAGGAACUAAACACUUUUAAAACACAGAGUUCAAAAAUUUCAUGCAAAAAGCGAGUAUCAGAAAGUAAAGCAAAUUGUGCACCAAUUAAAGAUGACAUUGAUCGCCAAGCCUCCUCACAUUGUAGAAAAGAUUCUGAAAUAAUUUCUGAUAAACUACCCGUGAAGUCAAAGCGAAAGAAAUCCAGCCCAAGCCAUUUGGAAAAUGCAACAGUGAAGAAAGAUGCACAAAAUAGCAGAAUUGAGAAAAAAUUACAUACGUUGCGGCCAAGGAAUAAUAAUUUGCAAGUAGAAGACAAAAAGUCUGUGUCUGUUGUAAAGCAGCCCUCAAUAAAAAAAACUGUUGAUAAGAAUUGUGGCAAAACGAAAAUUGCCAAACAGAACUCCAACAAGAUUGACAAGCUUAGAAAAACUCAGAGUGAUUCAAAACUAAAAUUGGGGAAUAAUCAUACAAUAGAAGAAAUAAUUAGAAAUAAGAAAUCUGUAUCAAAACUGUGUGACAGUUUUAAUUACAAAAUCGAUUCAUAUUUUGUAAAAAAGACUGUAUUACCACCUACUGAUCUUCUCAAGAAGCAUUGUCCAAUAUGGAAAAAAGAACCAAAAUUAAUGUCUAAAAGAAAGUCUGAAUAUGAUAUAUAUGACAUAUUACAGGAUGAAGACAUGGCUUCCGAAACGCCAGUGAAGGUUAAAAGAAGACGUAUGCCUGCAAAGGACAGAAUUAAGAUUAAAAAAGUUUAUAAACCAAAAGAAAAAAAUGUAAAUGCUGUAAAAGAUACAAAAAAGAGAGUAAAUGAUAUUUCAGAUAUAGAUUCAGCUGAAAUUCCAAUAGAUCUGCAGGAAUGUGAGUUAGAAGUCAUAGAUGAUAAUUCCAAAACUGUGUUGACUAGCCCUUGGAAACAAGUACUUAGCAAUCCCAGUACAGAACCUGAGACUGUAGUCUCAAAUCUGCUUAAAGAACUGGAUGAAUCUUUUCCCAAAACGUCUACUCCUCAAAAAAGAUUGUUUGAGAAAAAAUUAGAUCUGCUUGGUAAAAAUUUUGGGGAAGAUACAAGUACUAUAGCAGAAAUAUCUUGCAUACCAAAUACAAACUCUUGUAACUUUGUGGAAACUAUUUUUCAAACUCCUAAAGUUUCUCCAAAAAGAAAUAUACAACAAAACAAUGCAAUCUAUAUUGAAAAACCAGAAACUAAAUGUAAAUAUAAUUUUGUAGUUAAUCUUUUUGAAUCUCCCCCUAAAGAUUUAAAAAAGCAGCGAAAAAUGGUAUUGGACUUGAGUGAAACAAAAUGUAAGAAGUUAUUAGUUGAUGAGCCUAACAGUUGUUUUUUAAAACCAAGAAAAUCAUAUAUUUCACCUGAUCUUGUAACAAAACAUAUUGCCAAAACUAAAAGGACUAAUAUUCCUGAGAAACAAAAACCAGCAUCAAAGAGCAGACAAGAAUUAUUGAUUGAAAAAAUGAAUAAGGAAUUUGAUGAUAUAAGCAGCCUGGAAUUAUGUAUUGAAUAG